UCGCAGGGGUAAAAAGAGCUGGUGCAGCUUCAGAAGGUUCGUUUGUGCGGUAUUUUCUAACCAGGGCGCAGUAGAAUGCUUGGUUUGAGUCCAAGUCCGUAACUUUGGUUAUGGAUGAAAUAUUUAACUACAGUGGAGCACUGAACAGAAGUUCGCCUGGCGAAGGGAAAUUCAGUUUCGAAGACAUUGAUAUGAGCGCGGAUGGCACCCCCAUCCUGAGGAUACUCAUCUCAGUGGUGUACUCUGUAGUUUGCGCAGUGGGUUUGGUGGGGAACCUGCUCGUCUUCUUCCUCAUGAGGUUACGACAAGGUCGGAAGAGGUCCAGUGUCAACGUUUUCAUCAUCAACCUGGCAGUGACGGACUUUCAGUUCGUGCUGACUCUGCCCUUCUGGGCCGUGGAUACUGCGUUAGACUUCAGCUGGCCGUUUGGAAACGCCAUGUGCAAAAUCAUCCUGUCGAUCACCGUGAUGAACAUGUACGCGAGCGUGUUUUUUCUCACUGCCAUGAGUGUGACCCGCUACCUGUCUGUCGCCUCGGCCCUUAAGAAAAAAGGUCACAGGAGGUCAAGGUGUGUAAAGUGGGUGUGCACAGUGCUGUGGGUGGCGGCAACGCUGGCCACUGCUCCGACGGCUAUCUUCUCCACUGUGACUGUGGUUGCCGGAGAACAACUAUGCCUCCUCAAGUUUCCUGAAGGCUACGAUUGGCUCGCCCUUUAUCACAUGCAGAAAAUAGUGAUCGCUUUUAUCAUCCCUAUGCUCAUGGUGUCUGUUAACUAUCUCAUGCUCCUGCGCUUCGUAAGACGGAGGAGCAUGGACAGCAGCAACCCUAACCGGAGAUCUAGAGUCACCAGAUCUAUCGCUAUAGUGGUCUUAUCUUUCUUUUGCUGCUGGAUGCCAAAUCACGCAAUCACCUUCUGGGGUGUCUUGGUCAAGUUUAACGUAGUCAACUGGGAUAAAGCAUAUUACAUGGUGCACACGUAUGUGUUCCCGGUCACAGUGUGCUUGGCACACGUAAACAGCUGUUUGAAUCCGGUACUUUACUGCCUGAUGAGACCAGAGAUCAGGAAGAUGCUCAGCGGUUUGUUUUGGAGAGUCUCUCCUGCUUCCUUCAGCAAGAGCUGCACCACGCGCUCUUUUACGCAGGGAGAAACCCAGGGGAGUCGUCCCUCUGGACACUGGAGAGAACAAACUGUUCAUCACAGCCCGUAAAGGCUUAGCAAGCUCCAAUAUGAUCUCACACAUGGAUAACUUCAGCCUGCUGAAAACAGAUCAAAGUUGCUACUUUUAUGCUUUGUUGUAUGUGUGUGUGUGUGUGUGUGCGUGUGUAAUGCCUUCGCUUUAUUUUUUGGCUGUUAAACAUUCAGUGUUCAAGAUCAGAAAA